AUGGACAAGGGCGAAUUCAACUCCAAAUUCUCCUUCCUUGACGCAAGGGAUCCAAGAGGAAAGACGCUCGGUAUCGUAGGAGCUGGAGGAAUCGGUCGAGCUUUCGCCUACAAAGCAUCCCACGCUUUGGGUAUGAAGGUCAUCUAUCACAAUCGCAACCAGCUUAGCAGUGACCUUGAAGCACAAGCAGCUAAAGGCGGCAUGCAGUACGUCAAAACUCUCGAUGAGCUGCUUCAACAAUCCGACAUUGUCUCUCUCCACUGCCCCCUCACGCCCGCUACCAAGGGUCUGAUCGGUCGCAAACAGCUUGAAAUUAUGAAAAACGACGCCAUCCUGAUCAACACAGCCCGCGGCCCUGUGGUCAAGGAGCAAGAGCUGGCAGAAGCACUCGAACAAGGCAUCAUUGCCGGCGCCGGUCUCGACGUAUUCGAGGCCGAACCAAAGAUCCACCCAAGCCUCUUUUCUCUCAAAGAUUCCAAGGUCGAGUUGCUCCCUCACGUCGGAACCUUGACCCUCGAGACGCAGACCGAAAUGGAGGCUGUCUGCCUGCGAAACCUUAUUCAGGGUCUCGAGUCCGGCAGCCUCGGCUUCACCGUUCCUGAACAGAAGGGCAUCGAGUUCAAGUGA